AUGCAGGACCUCGAGAGUCAACGUACUUCAAUCGAUGAGAAGACCCUGAUCGGGACCAUCGACCCAUCGGUCUCUGAAUCGAACAAUGCGGCAACAACAGCAGAGGCAGCAGCAGAUAUCAAAGAGAGUACGCCCGAAGAAGAAGAGGAAGUAGUUCCUACUGCGGAAGUAGGCGUCCUCUACCCCGUAACAGACCUCGACAAAGGCAUCGUCGGCUGGGACUCGCAGUCCGAUCCCGCCAACCCCCAAAACUUUGCCGAAUCACGCAAAUGGGGACUAUUGGCGCUGAUGAGUUCAAUGACGCUCGUGUCGCCGUUGGCAUCAAGCAUGUUUGCGCCGGCACUGACCAGUGCAGCGGCGGAUUUCCAUGUGACGAAUGUGACUCUGCUGUCGUUUAGCGUUACCAUAUAUUUGUUGGGAUAUACGUUUGGACCCCUCGUACUCGCACCCCUGAGCGAAAUCUACGGCCGCAGAAUCGUACUCAGCUGCGCGAACUGGUUCUUCGUCGUAUGGCAGAUUGGCUGUGCCCUUUCCCCCAAUAUUUCAGCGCUCAUCGUUUUUCGACUACUUGCCGGUAUAGGAGGAUCAGGCUGUAUCACACUUGGUGCAGGCGUAAUCGCAGAUUUGUUCCCCAUGAGAGAACGGGCCAGGGCAACUGCGCUUUGGAGUAUGGGUCCAUUACUGGGACCUGUUGCUGGUCCUAUAUGUGGUGGGUUCAUUGGUGAGACGAUUGGUUGGAGAUGGGUUUAUUGGCUGUUGUUGAUUGUAGCGGGUGCUUUGUCGGUGGGCAUUGAGAUAUUGAACCGCGAGACAUAUGCCCGUGUCCUUAUUCGGUGGAAGAUGGAGAAACUGGCCAAGGAGCUGGGUCGAGAUGAUUUGCGAAGUGGCUAUGAGUCCGAGCAGCAGAGUCGGAAUCGUCAGACCCCGGGUCAGGUCCUGAUACAGGGGCUCAAGAGACCGGUCAUACUGUUCUGCAAAUCGCCCAUUGUCUUUCUCCUGUGUAUAUACAUGAGUCUGGUUUAUGGCCUGCUUUAUCUCUUUUUCACCACCAUUCCGGCCGUGUUUGAGACCCAAUACAAUUUCUCGCCCGGUCUGUCGGGUCUCGCCUACAUCGGUAUUGGCGCUGGCUUCUUUCUCGGACUAAUAAUCGUUGGCACGACAAACGACCGCAUCGUCCUCAAGAUGAUGAAAAACAAUGGCGGCAAAUACGAACCCGAAAUGCGACUACCAACGAUGAUCAUCUUUUCCGCCAUCGCACCCAUCAGUUUCUUCUGGUACGGCUGGUCGGCCGACAAACACGUCCACUGGAUCGUGCCCAUCAUCGGCAUGUUUCCCUACGGAUUGGCCAUGAUGGGGUUGUUCUUACCCAUCCAGACGUACGUGAUUGAUUCAUACCAAACAUACGCUGCCUCGGCGGUGGCAUGUCUCACUGCCACCCGGUCACUGUUUGGGGCAUUGUUGCCGCUGGCUGGGCCUAGCAUGUUUAAUGCGUUGGGAUUGGGAUGGGGGAAUUCGUUGUUGGGGUUUGUGGCAUUGGCGUUUGUGCCGAUUCCGAUUCUGUUCACGAGGUAUGGGAAGAUGAUUCGGGAGAAGUAUCCGGUUGAUUUCGACUAG